UUCGUCCAGGCGGUUUUCCGGGACCUCUGUGACUUCCUGUUUCUGUCUCGAAGGAAAGCGCUAAGAAACUGGAGCAGAAUGUGAGCCUGUUCGGGACGACGGUGGAGAGCCUUCUGUACAGAUACGGAAAGAGCAUCGUGGACGAACAGCUCGUCCUGAAGAGGGUGGCGGACGUCCUGAUCAACCUCUACGCCAUGACGGCCGUCCUGUCCAGAGCCAGCCGCUCCAUCAGCAUCGGCCUCAGGAAUCACGACCACGAGGUGCUGCUCGCCAACACAUUCUGCAACGAUGCCUUCUUCAAGAAUAAUUACUCGAUGGUUCAGCUGCAGAAACAUUCUCCAGAAAACAACGACGCCAGCAUCAAGAAGAUCGCCCAGGCGGUUUUGGAGAACAGAUCCUAUAUUUGCUCACACCCUCUUGAAAGAACAUUCUGAUUUCUCUCCUGCGACGUUAGAUCCGCCUCUGUUUCUGUGGCCGGAGGAGAAACGUAGCAUGGUUACUGUGUUUUAUCAGCUGUGAGGUCGAUGGAGAAAGCCGUCCUACCGGGAGAAAACUAGCCCAAGUGCUCUUUGACAAACCGUCAGUUGUUAAAAAAAAUGUUCAAAAUAAGCCAGUUUCUUAACAGAAAGUCCAGAUUUCUUGUAAAUUGCCGUGUGUAACAUGUUUUAGGAGACGGAUCAUAUGUGCUCCUCCCAGUCGGACUUGUUCUCUGAGAAAAUUAUGCUGGUGCUUUAAUCAUCAGUCCGAGCUAAGGAGUCUGCUGCUUCAAGAAUGAUUUGUGAUGCUUAUUUACGGUUCUAGUGAGCGGUGAACUCGCUUUGAUAUUUUUGUUGCAGCUGUCAGGGUUUGAGUCUUUCACAAUAAAAUGAGUAACUUUAAACAGAAA